CCCAUCACACCGCAGUUCACUUUGCGCAGUAGAGAUGAGCGCUCGGAUAGCGAAAUCCAACCCGGCCAUGAAACUGAUAGUGCUCUUCACUGCCUCUCUCUCCUGGGCCUUCCAGCAGCAAGCUACACCGCCUAAAUACCAGCACCGUGAUCCCGUGACCUCUGACCUCCUACUGUGUGACCAGUGCCCUCCUGGCAUGGCCGUGAAACAGCACUGUACUGCCAACACACCCACAGAGUGCCAGCCUUGCCCUGAUAAACACUUUGCUGAAAACUGGCACUGGGGUGAUACGUGCCAAUACUGCACUUCGGUGUGUAAGGAGAGACAGUUGGUGAAAAGGCAGUGCAACAGCACCCAUGAUCAGCUGUGUGAGUGUGCAAAAGGCUUCCACCUUGUGGUGGAGUUCUGCAUAAAACACAGCGUCUGCUCCCCUGGGUAUGGAGUCGUAGCUCUGGGUACGCCGGAGAGUGACACAAAGUGUGAGCCUUGCCCCCCUGGUCAUUUCUCAAGUGGCAGCUCCUCCACAGAGCCGUGUCUACCCCACAGGAACUGCACAGAUUCGAGCUUGAAGACACUGAGACAGGGAACUUCCACCAUGAACACCCUCUGUGAGAAUCAGACCAAACACCCCGUCCCAGAGUGCUCUCAGCACCACGCGCGGUGCCACACUGAUGUGACCCUUUGUGAGGAGGCUGUUUUCCAGUCUCUAGCAUCGCUGCGACUGUCCUCAGUGCCCCUGGAGCGGCUGCUGGAGAGUCUUCCAGGGCGAAGGGUGGAUCGCAAAAGUCUGGAGAGGCUGAAGAAGGCCUGCACUCCGCAGCAGCAGGUCCUGCAGCUGCUGCGACUGUGGAGGGAGCAGAACAAAGACCAGGACAAGCUGUACGGAAUCAUACAAGGCGUGAACCACUGUGAGAGGAAGGUGUCCCGCUGUGCUGGCGUAAAGAACCUGACCCUGGACGACCUCCUGAAGGUUACCAACAGCCUGCCGGGGAUCCGAAUUCGUCAGGAGGAUGUGCGGGCUGUGGUGUCGUCCUGCCCGACAAGGCAGUACAUCCUGCAGCUCCUUCACCUCUGGAAGACGGCAAACUUCGACCUGGAUCUAGCCAAAGGUCUGUCUCAUAGCCUGAGGGUCCUGCGCAGCCAGGGGGCGCCACGCACCCUGAUGAAAGCACUGAAGAAGAUCAGCCGCAUUAUAGGAACCACCUCGGUGCACAAGAUGUACGAGAAGAUGUUUGUCAACAUGCUGCAGGAUGAUUCGUGUUUUAAGACUCACAAGCCGUACAAUGAAUAGGGGUGGGGCGAACAAACACAAUCUCAUGCAGUUUGAUGCAGAUCCGCAUGCACACUUGCAUUGUCAAACAGUGAACACACACACGCAGACGCACACACACACACACACACAAACAUACACACACACACAUGCACACCCAUAAACACAGUCACAAACUGAUACACACACAAAGUGAGGAGGAGGAUAAAUGUAUGUGAAAGAUUAAACAGACAAGGGUCAAUUGUCAAUGUUAGAUCACAGUCGAUUCAUUUAACAUAUCAAAUGUUAUCAAGCUAUUACACACUGCAUGCCAGGAAGAGUUUUGUCCAAAUGUAACAAAGGGCGUGAUUGGAAGGUAAAUUCUUGUUAUUUGCCCACGUUAUUCUCUAAAACCUGUUGUCGAGUGUUUAGAAAUAUGUGGUAACAAUGGACACUAAUCCAUUCAUACCCACCUUCAAUCUGUCUGUCUGUGAUAAAAUAUGAUGAAAUAAAAUUUUCAUCAUAUUUAGGCAGGCCUAAACAAGUUCUAUAAAAUGUUUCCUGGGAGCUGUUCGACCACAGUCUGUGAAAAAAGAAAAACUAUUUAAGAUGUACAUAGUACACUAUUUUAUGGGAGAAGGGCGGGCAGACAUUGUGUUGUUAUUAUUGCUUUCUCACUGUUUGAGAGGAAGGAUUUGGUUUCAUAAUGAAAUGUUUUCUGAGGUUUUCCUUUGUUUGUUUGUUGGUUUGAUUGUUUGUUCUGGACUGCUGACACGUAAAGCUCAUCUGAAAGAUUUUUUUUUUAUUGUUUUUUGGAAAAUGUCAGCCUUAUGAAUGUACAAAGGAGUGCAAUUGUUUUCUAUUUAAAAAUUAAUAAUUUUUCUUACUGAGUAUGUAAAGGCUUGUUUUAUUACUUUUAUCAAAGAUACUGGAUUCCAAAUGCUGCAAUUCAUAAAGUGAUAUUUGUUUUAUAUUUUGUUUUAUCACUUUUAUAUUAUUAAGUGUAUGUUCUUUAUUGUAUAUAUAUGCUUGAUUGUUCCUUUUUUAAGCUCUUGUAACUUGUGAACACUAAUGUCAAAAUGAUUAAAAUCAUUUUUUUGUUCUUUUU